AUGAUUUAAAAAAGCUAAAUAUCAAAGUUAAAAUUCAACUUAAUUUAUCAUAACAUUUGUUUUCCUGUUUUUUCCUUUUGUUUUGCCUGUUUGACCUUAUUAUGAGAUGGUAUUUCUGCCUCAAAAUACUUUGAGCACAUUUUUACUUUAAAAAGAAGUAAAUGUUUUAAUCAGUACCGUCUAAAACAGCAAAGAAAAAGUGUAAAUUGAACUGAGACGAUUCAAAGGUUUUUUAAUGUCAUGUACAGUCAGGACGAGAGUUAAACAGCAACUGAGACGUUAGCUGUUGUUCACUGGAUGGUCACGACGGUUAUUGCAGGAGCACAGAAAUCAUUUGCCUGCCUGCAGCAUUUCAUUCUAUAAAACUGUUAAUAAAGAACCUUUUAGGUGUUUCUUUAAGGAGAAGCUGAUUGGAAAGACUUCUUUUGUGAGAGAACAGAGGAGCGAUCAUGUCUGUUCUGCAGGAGAUCAGCUCAAACGUGAAAAACAUGAAACAACUGGAAUAUUCAGAUCUGGCCAGACGGAUGACACAGAUUAAGGAAGAUCUCAGACAGGGAGUAGAAAAGCCCUUUAAAGAAGUGAUAGAUGUCUCCUGGGGUGAUCCGCACAGGGGGGGUAUGAAGCCUCUGACAUUUGUCCGACAGGUUCUUGCAGCGUGUGUUUACCCUCAGUUAAUGAACGAUAACAAACUGCCUGUGGAUGUCAGACAGCGGGCACAGAAGCUGCUGGAUGGAUGCGCUGGACGCAGCGUGGGGUCUUACUCCGCCACUCAGGGAAUACCAGAAAUCGUCCAGAGAGUGUCUGAGUUUAUAAGCAGACGAGAUGGAGGCGUUCCAUCCAACCCCGAGAACAUCUUCCUCUGCUGCGGCUCUCAGUGGGCGCUCUCGAGGAUUUUAAACGUCUUGGUGAACGCUGAGGCGGCGUUCACAACCGGAGUGCUGGCUCCGGCGCCGUGCUACCGCACCACCACCCUGUCCAUAGAGGGCCUGGGUGGAGUGGUCAUCCCCUACUACCUGAGUGAGGAGCAGGGCUGGGAGCUGCAGGUGGAGGAGCUGCAGCAAGCGCUGGAGUCUGCAGGGGGAGCGUGUAACCCCAUUGCCCUCUACGUCAUCAACCCCGGAAACCCGACAGGUCAUGUUCAGAGCAGGAAGUCGAUGCAAGAGGUGAUCCGGUUCGCCUCAGAGAAGAGACUCUUCCUCCUGGCUGAUGAGGUUUAUCAAGGAUGCAUUUAUGGAGAAAAGGAGUUUGUUUCCUACAAAAGAGUUCUGGCGGAAAUGGGGCCUCCUCUGUCCGACACGGUGGAGCUGGCGUCCUUUCACUCAGCGUCCAAAGGCUUCAUGGGAGAGUGUGGUCUGCGUGGCGGAUAUGUUGAGCUCGUAAAUCUGGAUCCUGCGGUAAAGAAAUACAUCUACACCCUAUUUACUGCUGAUUCCUCUGCGCCGUUGUUGGGUCAGAUCGCUCUGGAUCUCAUGACAAAUCCUCCACUUCCAGGAGAUCCUUCAUACUUUCAGUUUGAUCAGGAGACGCAGCACAUCAAGUCCACGGUGGAUAAAAAUGUGAAGAAAGCCUUUGAGGUGGUGAACAGUCUGCAGGGUUUCAGCUGUCCGGCGGUGGAAGGAGGAGCUUUUGCAUUUCCCAGAAUUCAUCUUCCAGCUAAAGCCAUCCAGAAAGCAAAGGAAGUGGGAAUGCAGCCGGAUACGUUCUACUGUCUGAAGCUGCUGGAGGAAGCUGGAGUGUUGGUCAGUCCUGGAUCAGACUUCGGACAGAAGGAGGGAACUUUCCACUUCAGAUUUUGCAUUCUGAUACUUCAUGACGUUUUGGAAGAACUCCUGCGCCGCCUCACCCUCUUUCAUACACAAUUCAUGAAGGACUUUUCUUAGAGACCCACCGUUAUGAAAAUCUGGAUUUGGUGUUUCUAGAGAUAUUCUUGUGGCAUUUUUCUGAUGAUGGAGAAUUAGAAAUCUAAGCUAAAAAAUGUAUUUGAGUAUUUCUUUAUUCAAAUCGUUGUGACAAAAAAAUGUAGUUGGAAAAAGUUUGUAGGUGUGAUGUAGAAACUAGAGUUGGCAGACCACAAGCUCUUUGCUCCGCUCCAUUCUGACUUGAUUCUGAUUCAACCUGUAAACGACUAGAGGGGCUGUAAGCUAGUGGUGGAGUAUAUAGAGAAUAAAGACUCACCCAAGUUUGUGUCUGUGUCAUUCUUGAUCAUACAAUACAUUUUAUGCAUAGUACAACAAUUACCAAAUACAAAAAAACUGAAAAAUACAAUUUACACAUGCACACAUUUAGGCCCAAAUCUGAUGUGAGACUCUUUACGUCUCCAAAAUUCAUGUUUAAAUGAUGCAUUUAAAUGCUGGUUCAUCAGAGUUUUCUUAUGUUGCCUUGAACUAAGAUUAUGAAUAAUAUCCAGAAAAAAAAGAAGACAUUUUCCCAUUUUCUUAAACAGAUAUGCCCGAUAAUUAAUAUAAAAAAGUCUUAAUAUGUAUUUUUAAACCCCUCAACACUAAAGUUUCUCUAUUCUUUUUGCUCCGAUGCGAGGCCCUCCUCAACACCCAGAGAGCGGACAGAGUUGAUCAGUCUGACAUCCCGCUCCGCUCCCUGGGAGACCCAGCUCCAGACGCGAACUGGGUCCAAAUACAGCACCAGACGUGGUACCGGACGCGAACUGGAACCCGGUUAGGGUACUGGUGCGCUCUGCAUCCUGGCACUGGACUGGUUCCAGUU